AUGUCGUCAGCUUCGGCAACAGCGGCCGCUGCCCAGAGCCAGGAUGAGCUCUCGCAGCUGCCUAUCUUGGAUGCCAUCGAACGCAGCCCGCCUCUGUCCGAUACACCGUCCGCUGCGUCCAUUGACGAGGACAAGAAGAUCGAUGAGAAGGUCGAAGUCACCGAGCCAGCCUACGUUGCGCACGACGAUGCAGGCGAGGGCGUUCGCAGCUCCUCGGACGAGCACAUCAUUCGCAACGGCCGCGAUGUCUCCGACUUUCUUAUCAACGACCGCGACGACGGUGAUGCAUGCUUCACCUUCCGCUCCAUCACCCUGGGCCUGGUUGGAGCAGCGUUCCAAGCGGUCCUGACGCAGAUCUAUCGAUUCAAACCCACCGAGGUCACCAUUGGCGGAACGUUCUUGGCCAUCAUCAUCUAUGUCCUCGGCACCGCCUGGGCUCGAUUCCUGCCCACACGAGCGAGUCUCACCUCACGAUUUGGCAACAGGCUUCCGGCCUGGCUGAUUGCUACAGUACAUUUCAUCAAUCCAGGACCCUUUGGACUGAAAGAACACGCUAUUGCCGCCAUCACUGCUUCGUCUGCUUCCAACGGUGCCCAUUCCAGCGAUGUGUUCGGAACGCAGAAGCUCUUCUAUCCAGACAUCAAGGUGACGACCACCACAGCCGCCCUGUCUGUCCUGUCCAUCGGUUUGUUCGGAUAUGGUCUCGCCGGCAUUCUGCGACCUAUUCUCGUCUACCCGGCUGAAAUGGUCUACUGGGGGACCCUUCCGCUCGUCGAUCUCUUCCAAGCCUUCCACUGGGACAAGAGCUUCAGCGCCAAGCGUGUCAAGGCCUUCUGGUGGAGCUUCGCCGGAAUGGGGCUCUACGAGUUCCUCCCCGCCUACAUCUUUCCGACCCUCAACUCGGUGUCGAUCCCCUGCCUGGCGAGUAUGCAUGCGCCCAAGAGCGUCGCCCAGACGCUCACCAACGUCUUUGGCGGAGCGCAGUCCAACGAAGGCAUGGGCCUCUUGAGUCUUAGCCUCGACUGGCAGUACAUCACGUCGACACAACUGUCCCUCCCCCUCAUCCAACAAGCCAACAGCUGGAUCGGGUAUGCCGUCUGCUACGUUGCCAUGGCGGCCAUCUACUACGGCAAUGUCUGGAACGCCAAAUCCUUCCCCUUCAUGUCAACGAGUAUCUUUGCCGACGAUGGCAAGAAAUACAACCAGAGCGCCGUCUUUGUCAACGGCAUUCUCGAUCGACAGAAGCUCGAGGCGGUUGGAUACCCGAACGUUACGGGCACCUACGCAUGGGGCAUGCUCAUGCGAAACGCGGCAAUCGGAGCCCUCGUCACCCACGUCGUGCUCUUCUGGGGCAAGGACGUCCUCAAGAGCUUGCGACAGGCAAGGGACAAGACGCAGCCAGACCGCCAUUGGAAGGCGAUGCAAAAGUACAAGGAGGCUCCGCAUUGGUGGUACCUGAUCCUGCUCGCCAUCUCAUUUGUGUUCGGCCUCAUUGUGGUACUGACGCAGGAGACGACGUUGCCGUGGUACUCGUACAUUGUCUCGCUGUUGCUCGGGACGAUCGUGGCGCCCUUCUCGGGUGUACUGUAUGCGCUCCUUGGUAACGGAAUCAGCACCAACAAUCUGACCAAGAUGAUCGGCGGCAUCGUCUCGCCAGGAAUGCCGUUGGCAAACCUCUACUUUUACGCCUGGUCGCACAGUACCAUCGCCCAGGUCAUCAAUCUGUCGAACGAUCUCAAGAUGGGUCAAUACUUGAAGGUGCCACCACGCGCGAUGUUCAUCACGCAGGUGAUCGGCACGGUCUUCGGUGCGUUCCUCAACUAUGCCAUCGCCUCGACGAUCAUCUCGUCUAAGUUCGAGCUUCUCCACACCAACACAGGCAGCUACGUGUGGUCUGGCGCAUACUACCAAUCGCUCAACGUCAGUGCGGUCACCUGGAGCAUGGCCAAGUACAUGUACGGACCCGGUACGCCUUACUUUGUGAUCCCCAUGGCGGUGCUUAUCGGUAUUGCGGCCGUAGUGGUCCACUGGACGUUCACCCGGUUUGUACCUCGAAUCGGGAGCUUCAAGACCUCCGACUUGGUCCUGCCCACCGUCUUCCUCUACUCGGCGUGGAUGACCGCCGGUCAGAACUGCGUCAUCCUCAGCACCAUCCUCGUCGGCCUCAUCUCGCAGGCCUGGGUCAGAACGAGACACCCCAAAUGGUUCAAGCAGUUCAACUACGUCGUCGGCGCCGGGUGGGACGGCGGAUCGCUGCUGGUAAUCUUCGUUCUCAGCUUCGCCGUCUUUGGCGCUGCGGGCAAGGAGCACCCUUUCCCUACGUGGGCUGGUAAUCCCUCCGGCUUUCCAGACUACUGUCCGGACCCAUCUUCUUGA